GCACAAGAGACAAGUGGCCUGGGGCUGGAUGAGGGAUGCUACGCCGUCCAGCAGCAUCAGUACCAGCUUGCUUUACCGUUUGGUGGGGAAUCAAAGCACCGCGGCAUUCGGCCAGACAGUAAAGACUCCUCAGUUCGGUGACAUGGAUGAUCAGAAGGAUUCACUGAGGAAGAUCACCAACACGCUGGCUCUGAAGAAUGAAGAGAUCCAAAAUUUCAUAUGCUGCCUGAAGCAGAGCCUGCUGAACCUGGAGGCCAACUCCGCCCGUGUCCAGGAGGACCUGGAGGCAGAAUUCGGCUCCCUGUACUCCGCCCUGGACGAGCUGAAGGAGGGCAUGACCACCCGCAUCAAGCAGGAGAGAGCCAGCCGCACGUACGAACUGCAGAACCAACUGAGCGCGUGCACCAAAGCACUGGAAAGCUCCGAGGAGCUGCUGGAGCUGGCCAAUCAGACGCUUUGCUCCUCCGACGCAGAUGGCUUUAACCAGGCGGCCAAAGAGAUAAAGGAUAGUGUGACGAUGGCUCCGGCGUUCCGUCUGUCCCUCAAAGCCAAGGCCAGCGACAGCAUGAGUCACAUGAUGGUGGAUUUUGCUCAGGAGAGGGAAGUGCUUCAGGCCAUCAAGUUCCUCCCAGUGCCCGCCACCCCGGAGAUCCAGGUGGCGGAUUGCCUGGUGUCGGACAACACCGUGACCAUGGUGUGGUCGCUGCCGGAGCCCGACUCGAAGAUCGACCACUACGUCCUGGAGCAUCGGAGGACCAAUCACGAGGGCCCGCCGCGCGCCAGAGAGGAGUACCCCUGGAUGGUGGUGGAGGGCAUCCGUGAGACGGAGUUCACCCUUACAGGUCUUCGCUUCGACACGCGCUUCAUGACCUUCCGCGUGAAGGCGUGCAACAAGGCCGUGGCAGGGGAGUUCUCGGAACCCGUAACCCUGGAAACGCUCGCCUUCGUGUUCAAACUGGACUCGGGCACGUCCCACCAGAACCUGCACGUGGAGGACCUGAGCGUGGAGUGGGACAGCAGUGGCGGGAAGGUCCAGGACAUCCGCAAGGACAAGAACCGGACCAGCUCGCCCAUGAACUCCCCCGCAAGGAGCGCCGUGAUGUCACCGAAGAGGGCGCCGUCCGCCCGGGUGGGGCGCGACCGGUUCACCGCGGAGUCCUACACCGUGCUGGGAGACACGGCGAUCGACGGGGGCCAGCAGUACUGGGAGGUGCGGUUCGAUAAGGAGAGCAAGGCCUUCGCCGUGGGCGUGGCCCUCCGGACGCUCGGGCGCUUCGACCAGCUGGGCAAGACCGCCGCCUCCUGGUGCCUGCACCUCAACAACUGGCUGCAGCAGAGCCUGACCGCCAAGCACAACAACAAGGCCCGCCCCCUGGACUGCGCCAUCCCCGACCGCAUCGGCGUCUACUGCAGCUACGAGGAGGGCGUACUGUCCUUUUACAACGGCCGGAACAAGCAGCUCAUCCACACCUUCAGGACAAAGUUCCCCCAGCCUGUGGUGCCUGCCUUCAUGGUGUGGAAUGGUAGCUUCUCUGUGCAGACGGGGCUGCAGGUGCCCAGCGUUGUGCAAAGUGGGCAGAGGAGGAACAGCGAUGCCAGCAGCUCCAACGCCAGCCUGACCUAAGACCCGGGGGGGGGGACGCGGCACCAGAGUCGCAGCAGAACCUCAACCCGUCCGGGCCGGGCGCUCUCAGGAGCACACGGGAAGCACAGCCCGACCCAGGCCCAACCCCUCCAGAACCUCUCCCCCCCCCCCACCCACCCCCCCAAAGGCAGAACUUAUAACAAGCUGCAAAUGCCACCAGCGUCGCGUCUGGCUGCCCUAGGGAGGCUCACUGGCCGCCACCAUUUCGUUUUGCUGACUCUUUGUGCCUUGUAGCUCUCUCAGACAAACAAUGAUUGUGCGCACUCAAUAACAUUCAUAAAAAACAGCAGGCAGAAAGCCAAAUGGUUCAACUCAACAACAAAAAAAGCAACUUAUUGUAUUACGUUAUUAUUAACGUUAUGGUAUUAACGUGUUACUAUGUUAACAUAAAACUGCUGAUACAGCUUUAAUGUUGCGGCUAUUCCAAGCUUGAAUGCUUGGAAUUGGUAGACCUUUAAAAUAGCGUGCGUAUUACACACAUUUGCUAGUGCACACACGUGAACAAACACAAACUCACAAAUAUACACACAGUUGAUCUCUGCCUCUCUCUCACACACACACACACAAGAAAGCACUCUUGCACACACACACUUUUUCCAGUUUGCACAUUUACAAGCAUAUACACAGGCACUCACACAAACACACACCACUCGCAUGCAUGCACAAAUUCCCUUUCUCAAACACACAAACACGACACACACACACACACAAACAGAAUUACAGAGCAGCACAAUGACAUACCAGUUUUUCGCAAAACCUUUUAAUAAUACUUGGCUUCUUACAGAAUGUACUUCAUUCAACAUGACAGUGUGAGCCAGUGGCAAGGUGGUCAGCCGAGCAGCAGAGUCAAGCAGGAUUACUGUACAGAGAUUCGGGUCUCGGAAGGUGUAUAAAAAUAUAAAGAGUAUGUAUGCGUUUUACAGCACUGCCCUUCAAAAUUGUCAAUGAAUGCUAGUAAUGGGAAGUCAACUUCAGUGGAGUUAAUGCCCAGAUAAUAAAGGAUAGUGGUUAGUAUAUAAUUGUUCUUGCCCAGUAGUGUGUCUGAACACCUAUUUCCCAUUUAGUUACAUUUAUUUAAAGUGUCAGGGUGCUUUUUUCUUUGAGCUGUCAAACCAAGGUAUUUGAGGAGAGAGGAGGCUAAAUGUCAGUAUGCAUACUGUAUAUGUGAAUAUAAUCCACAAUGCUUUAAA